AUGGGAAAGGUCAGAGCCGCCACGCAGAGACAGAUGCACACCAUCCACGUCCACACCCACCCACAGCUCAACAUUCCCCCUUCCCCUUGCCCCCCCCCCCCUCCCCUUCCUCCCCUGCGCUAG